UCAAGCGUCAGUUUCUGCGUUAGCUGUAGUGUGUGCUAAUAGACUCGUGUGCGAAGUUAUGAAAAAACACUGUAUUUAUUGUGAUUAAAUAUUUGGUGAGUGAUCAGAUAAAGCGAUGGAAACUGUGACGGAUGAAGACGCAUCUAAACGAUCUAAUACAGAGCUACGCAAACUGAAAUUGGCAGAAUACCUUGCGGCCAAAGGCAGACUGAAAGCACCUAAUCCAAAACCAUAUCUCAAGGAGAAGCCUGUUACAAAGAAACGUCCUGAAAAUAACCAGAAGUCCAAAACUACAGCUGAAGGAAAGGAGAAUUGUGGCGUCAGUGGCACAAAUAUAAAAGAAGUUGAUAAGAGGAUGAUAAAAACACAUCCUCAAAAAAAAGGACUUGGUAUGAGUUCGCUAGCCAAAGCCCAAACACAGCUGUCCAGUGAUUCCCGUAAUGCUAGCCGGGAAGGCCUUCGUGUUUUGAGGACACAGAGCAACAAAACAGCUUCUCUUCAAAAUCCAAGGAAACUCCACAAUGCUGAGAAAACAGCUGUGCUGUUCAAGAGGUCUCGUUCACAACGCCUUCGAAGUGUCCAGCCCAAAGCUCAGCCAGCUUCCCAGUCCCAUGCUGCAGAUACAAGCAAAUCCAGUCUUGUUUCCAUCUGUAACCCUUCACAGUCUGCACGUGGCAUCUCUGCCCUCAGAAGCACGGAUCACAGCUGCACCAAGACGGACAUUCAGUCAACGUUAAAGAAAUUACCUGAAACGAGCGUCAAAUCAACCUCAGCUGCCAAUUUGACAAGUCAAAGUCAAGUCAAGCGUAAGCUUCAGGACUGGAGGGACUCGAGGGGCAUCACAUAUACGCCCCCCAUGCCCAUUCGUCUGGUGAGGAGGAAGACUGUUUCUGCUCUUCCUCAGCCGUUCUGGACUUCUAUGGAGAAUGAAGAUGAGGUUCAUGACUUUGUCUUUGCUGUGGACCGAUCGCUGGAUGACUGCAUUCAAUUAUUACAGCAGGGUUUCCCAGCGGAGCGGGUCAGAGAUGUGCUGUCUCGGGUGCCAGUGGCACAGAAGUUUGCUAAAUACUGGAUCUGCCAGGCCAGACUAAUGGAAAGAGCGGGAAACCUGGAGGUGCUGCCCAUGUUUCAGGAGGCCAUCCGUGUGGUGAGAGAGCCAGUGGAUGAGCUACGAUCUGUGGUUUUUGAGAUCCUUAAAAAGAGACAGAUUCAAGGUAAAGGCAUUCAAUAUUUUCGUCAUCCAAGUGAAGCAGAAGAGACUGGAGCGUGUGAUGAAGAGCACACCCCAAAACCCUUCAGUGCCCUCAUAUCUGGAGCGAGGGGAGACUCGUCUGUCGUCAAGUAUAAAAUCACAGCGACCCCAGGGGGCAAAAGGAGUCAGCGAGGAGCAGAAGCAGGGCAAGUGGACGGUCAUGAGAUCCGCUUCUUCACCCCGGUGCGCCGCUCGGUGCGGAUCGAGAGAAGCGCUCGGCGUUAUCCCACAGCUUUGCAGGAGCACGAGCCCUGUGUGACCUCUCUCUGUGAGCGUCAGGAAGAGGUCAAAGGUCAGAGCUCUCCGGUGUAUGUGUACCAUGAGAACGAAGCGCUGACCGACCGCGUUCACAUUACAAUUGUUUAUCCAGAGGAGGAAGAAACGUGAUGGUGUUUAUCAGCACGCUCU